CGCCAGGCGUACCGGUCUGCUCUGUUUAUGCGCCACCCAUUCUAUGCACAGGUUGUAAUGCCUCAGGGUUAUCUACUCGAUUAGUUACACCGUCCUUAUCACGCUGUAGUUCCGAUUCCUCGUAACACAACUUUGGACGGUUCCCACGAUUAAUCCAAGACGCGACGGCUACAACCCUCUUGAGUGUAACCCUACCGAAUUAGAGAGAGGGGCUGCCACUAACCACACCAGGCGAUCAUCGCCCAGGGCCUCUGUUUUUGAAAUGAUGGUGGUAUUACUCAGAGCCCAUAGUCUAGCCUGAUUUCCAGUUGCAUCCCCAUGCUAUUUUACCAUCCGGUCGCCGUUUGGAGAUUGUGACGCUGGCCUCGUCAACCUACUACUUGGCUCUCAUUGCCGUCUUUCCACGAUGAAGGAAGCAGAUGUUGAUCUUGCCACUGGCGAGAUUCACAACGCGAGCGCCGACGACUCGCGCGACAUGCGCCGCCUCGGACGCAAGCAGGAACUCGUGCGCAAUUUCCGCACAAUCUCCAUCGUCUCCUUUGUCGCCCUCGCCACGUCUGCAUGGGAAACCAACAUCUUUGUAUUUACACAGGGCCUCAAGGAUGGCGGUCGCCUCAAUGUCAUGUACUCCCUGCUCUGGUGCUUUGUCGGGUUUAUCCCCAUAUACCUGAGCAUGGCUGAGAUGGCCAGCAUGGCGCCUAUCGCUGGAGCUCAGUACCACUGGGUCAGUGAGUUUGCGCCACGCCGAUACCAAAAGAUUCUUAGUUAUGUCACUGGAUGGAUGUCCACACUCGCCUUUCAAGCGGGCAAUGCAAGCGGCAUGUUUGAGGUUGGUAUCGUCAUACAGGCCAUCAUCACAGUCAACAUCCCUGAUUACGAGGCGCCCAACUGGCAUGCAGCCGUCAUCAAUAUUGCCUUUACGCUUCUUGCUCUAGCAAUCAACGUGUUGGGCUCGCGGAUGCUGCAUCACUGGCAAACAGGAGCCUUUAUCCUUCACAUUGCUGCCUUUAUUGCCUUUUUGGUGCCCAUUUGGGCUACCAUUCCUCGUAUAGACCACGACUUGGUAUGGAACCAGUUUGAGAACCGUGGUGGCUGGUCUAGUCUGCCACUGGCCAUUCUUGUCGGGCAAAUGCCUGGCAUCUCGGCCCAUGUUGGCAUUGAUGCCGCUACGCACAUGUCGGAGGAAGUAAAGGACGCGUCCCGCAUCAUUCCCAUGACGAUGCUCGUCAACUUUGUCAUCAACAUGGGCUUCAUCUUCCUCACUCUCCUCUCGUUUUGCUAUCAUAUUCCGGACGUCGAAGUGGCACUGAAUGACUCUACUGGGUAUCCUGGUCUAUGGGUCAUCCGACAGUCCAUCACUUCAUUACCGUGGCUGAAUGUGUUGCUGGCUGUCAUUCUCCUCUUGGAAGUACUCGGUGAGCUCGCUUAUUUCGCCGCCGUCUCCCGAGAUUUGUAUGCCUUUGCGCGUGAUGACGGCCUCCCCUUUUCACAAUGGCUGCGCAAGGUCGACCCCAGACGCCGUAUCCCCACGAAUGCAUACAUUCUAUCGGCAGCCUGUAGCAUCCUGAUGAGCCUUAUUUACGUUGGCAACUCAGCCGCGUUUUAUGCUAUCGUUUCUCUUUGCACAGUCGCACUCCUUCAGUGCUAUCUGUUUAGCAUUGGUUGCAUCCUCUGGCGUCGCAUUCAUUUCCCAGAGACUCUUCCACCGGCCAAGUUCUCUCUUGGCAAAUGGGGUAUUCCUGUCAAUACCUCCGCCGUGGUGUUUUGUCUGUGGAGUUUCUUUUGGACAUUUUGGCCAGAAGAAAGCCCUGUUACGCUAGACAAUAUGAACUGGGCCGUUCUUCUCUUUGUUGCAACAGUGUUGGUGUCAUUGGCUUAUUAUUUCUUGGGCGGAAACAAAAAGUACAAUGGGCCGGUAGCUCUAGUGGAGGAUAGAAAGUCAGAAUAGGUCCAUGUGUAUACUAAUACAAUGAUUCUGCUACAAAA